CAUCUACAAGAAACGCCCGAGCGCUGCUGUAACAACCAUCUGGACAUGCUUACUCAGCACAAUUGAUCCACAUUUGCGACCAAGAUGCUCUCCCUACCAGGCCUGAACCUGGCUCCACAGCCCGCCGAACCGCUCAACGCCCCUACAUCCACCGUCACGCGCACGCAAGAUCUUGCUGCAAACACCGAAUAUCGCUUCGAAGUCAGCUUUGCUCGCACGCUGACUAUCAAGCUACAGUCUGGCACUGCAGAGUUCUUCGGCACCGAGCUCGCGCCAUCCACAACGUACAGCUUCCAAGGCACGAAAGGCGCGGUUUUUACGUGGCAUGGCUGCAAGCUGGAGAUUGGUGGCGAAGUCGAGUCGGACUAUGUUGCAGAAGAGACGCCCAUGAUGAGCUGCGCGAACUUGCAUUUUGCGCUGGAGCUGCUGAGGGACCAGAGUGUGUCCAGUGGAAGCGCAGAGAUGGGUCCAAGAGUGCUGGUUGUCGGACCAGAGCACUCUGGCAAAACGUCACUGGUCAAGGUCAUGACAUCGUACGCCGCCAAGACUAGUCGGCAACCAAUGGUCGUCAAUCUCGACCCGAGACAGGGCAUGCUCAGUAUCCCGGGCUCUUUCUCGGCUGCUGCGUACUCGUCAAUAGUAGACAUCGAGGAGGGGUGGGGCAGUAGUCCAAUUUCAGGACCUAGCCCAAUACCAGUCAAAAUGCCGUUGGUGUAUCACUACGGACUCAAGGACCCAGAGGAAGGGAAAGUGUUCAAGCCACUCGUGACACGCAUGGCAUUGGCAGUCACAAGUCGACUGGAGGAGGACAAGUUGAGCAAGCAAGCUGGCUUCAUCAUCGAUAGCUCGGGCGCUAUUAGCCAGGGAAGAAAUGGCGUCUACGAGAACAUAGAGCAUAUUGUUUCCGAGUUUUCUGUGAACGUCCUCAUUACACUCGGCUCCGAACGCCUCUAUUCAGACCUCUCGCGGAAAUACCGAAACCGCGAUCCCUCCGAAAGUGUCAACGUGAUCCGCCUCGACAAAUCCGGUGGCUGCGUCAACCGCCCAGAAGAAUACAUGAAAGCACUUCGACACGCUCAAGUACGAGAGUACUUCUUCGGCCAUGGUGAUAACACGUUGGCGCCGAGUAGUCAAACGUGUGACUUUGGAGACUUGCACAUUUUCCAGAUUGUGGAAGGUGAUGAAGGAGCGCUGUAUCGCUCGGGUGACUACGACGAAUACGACCCUAGCAACGUGUCAUUGGCGAGCAUAUACACGCGUGUCACGCCAUCACCUUCCCUGCAAAACUCCCUUUUGGCAAUCACAACCGCUUCGCCCACGGAUUCCCAGGAUGUGAUUCGCGACUCGAGCGUGAAGGGAUACAUCUAUGUUGCCGAUGUAGACGAGGCAAAGAAGAAAGUCCGACUGUUGAGUCCUCAGCCAGGCAUGAUUCCAGGGAAUGCAAUGGUACUGGGCACUUGGCCGGAGGAUGUGCCUGGUCUGGUGGGGUAG